CAUAAUCAAAUUUAAAUGUUAAGCAAAUACACAAAUGUUAAACUGCCUACAACUAAUUACGAUUAACAAUUAACAACGAUUAAUCUGUGGUCUAAUUUUACCAUCCAGAUUAAGUUAACUAAAUUGAUUGAUAUAUAAAUAGAUUCACUUGCAUUGAGAAUGAUUUUAUUUUGAAACAGUAUCAACUUGAAUACCUCUUUAAUUGUUAAUCAUGAAUUCACUCAUAUUUACCCUGGUAAUUUUUAUUAUCGGUUCUAUUGACUACUCUGUUGGUGGACCCGUUUCAUUGGUAAUCUCUGGAUCUAAAUUGAAUGAAGUUUGUACAUUGGCUCAAAACUUGACAGCUGAUGGUGCAAAUCGAGACGAUAUCGCCAAAAUUAUAGAUGCUCAACUACACCAGAUAUUGGGACUUACUGGACUCUUGAGGAAAACACCAAUCGUCCGUUAUGUGCGCCUAAAUAAAUCCAACCCAAUGGCUCGUUAUGGUAAACGAUCCUUACGACGUGGUCCAUACAUGGGAUCAAUACACAUUCAGGUGAACGUAAUGAUGCUUCACCUGCAGAUACUGAUGGAACUACACAAACUGGAACAUUUAACGUGAACAUUUCUGACUUUAUUUACCUGUUGAUCAAUGCCUUUAGCAGAAAGUUAAAGGCUCGUUGUCUUCCCAGUCAAUCACUUUGCUCUGCAAUCGUUUUACCUGAAAAAGUUGAUCUUCUCGACCAGCAACAAAUGGUAUCAAUUAUCGAUCAGCUUUUCCAAUUACAAGGCUCACUAAUCGAUUGUGAUUCUUCAUAAAUUGUAAUCUUUUUGCAACAGCAAAACUAAUUGACAAAUAAAAUGGAUUAACUUAUUAAUAGUUG